AUGGUGUUUUACAAAAUCACAUUAAGCAGGUCACUCAUUGGCAUGCCGCAUACGACAAAGAGCGUUGUCAAAAGUUUAGGUCUAGGUAAGAGGGGAUCAAUAGUAUAUAAAACAGUGAACCCAGCCAUAGCGGGAUCAUUAGCUAAAGUGAAAGAGUUGGUCACAGUAGAGGUUACGGAGCAUAAACUAACACCACAUCAACAACGAGAGUUGAGAAAGUCCAACCCCGGGUUUGUGGUAGAGAAAAGAGCCAUUAUUUAA